AUGCCUCCGAGCGCGCUAGAGCCCGUCAUAACUCCCGAGCCUCCCAAAGACACCACGAAGCAGAGUACACCGCCACCCAGCAACCCCGCGCACGAGGAGCACCAAUACCUCUCUCUGAUCCGCGAUAUACUCGAAAAUGGCGAGCAUCGCCCAGACAGGACGGGAACCGGCACACGCGCAAUUCCUUUUCCCGCACAAAUGAAGUUCGCAUUAUCGCGACCUUCGAGCAACCCUACACAGCCACCAGAACUCAUCCUGCCCCUCCUCACAACGAAAAGAGUAUUCACUCGUGCCGUAAUUGGCGAGUUGCUAUGGUUUGUCGCAGGUAGUACACACAGCAAGUCUCUCUCAGACGCUGGUAUCAAGAUCUGGGACGGCAACGGCAGUCGGGAGUACCUCGACAAGGUGGGCCUAAACCACUACGAGGAAGGCGAACUAGGCCCAGUAUACGGCUUUCAGUGGCGGCAUUUUGGCGCCGAGUACAAGGGACAUGCAGAGGAUUACACAGGCCAAGGUGUCGACCAACUAGCUGAGAUAAUCGACAAGUUGAAGAACAAGCCCUACGACCGGCGCAUCAUACUGAGCGCAUGGAACCCCGCAGAUAUCAAGAAGAUGGCCUUGCCACCUUGCCAUAUGUUUGCACAAUUCUAUGUUUCCUUCCCGGGACACAAGCAAGGUGAAGAACGACCAAGAGGCGUCCUACAUUCCCUCCUCUACCAGAGAUCCUGCGAUAUGGGUCUCGGUGUACCUUUCAACAUCGCUUCCUACGCACUUCUCACCCACAUGCUAGCUCAUGUGUGCGACCUGACGCCCGGUACAUUUACACAUACAAUGGGAGACGCACACGUAUACAUCGACCACAUAGAUGCGCUGAAGGUGCAGCUGGAGCGCGAACCGCGAGAGUUCCCUACACUCAAGAUCAACCGAGAGAUUGGGGGCAGCAUCGAUGGUUGGAAAGCCGAAGAAUUUGAGGUCCUGGAUUACAAACCACAUGCCGCUAUAUCCAUGAAGAUGAGUGUAUAG